GACAGCGCCAUCUUAUCGGAUGGUGGGUGACUGUGUGGGACACCUUCGUCUCGGAUUCUCGAAUUGGAAUCCCUAUCGGGAAAUUUGGUGACUACACCUCAGUAACGUUGUUUGUCGAAAGUGACAGAAAGGACGACAGAAAAAAUCAGAAAUCUUAUAUUACAUAUUUAAUACGCUAUGCUUGAUUCUUGUUAUCAGUUACGAUUAUCUGCAAGUUCAUAUCAACUUGAUUAACGUUAAUUCAUCAAGUUUCUGUUUUGGGGAAUUUAUAGCAUCCAUUUAUACAGUUUAUAACAGUAUGCCUCAUGCAACCAGAAAGUGGGAAGUAUACCCUGGAAGAAACCGUUUUUGUUGUGAAGGAAGGAUAAUGAUGGCAAAACAAGUUGGAAUAUUUUACAUAACAGUUGGACUUAUCGUUGCAACUAGCUGCACCUUCUUCAUAUUUGACUGUCCGUUUUUAGCUGUCAAAAUAACUCCUGCCAUACCUGCUGUGGGAGGUCUUCUGUUUACUUUUGUCUUGGCAACUCUUUUUCGAACGUCGUUUUCCGACCCAGGAGUUAUUCCUCGGGCCACUCCAGAUGAAGCUGCGGACAUCGAAAAACAAAUUGAAGUUCCAAACAGUCCAAAUAGUCCAACGUAUCGUCCACCACCUCGGACGAAAGAAGUCGUUGUAUGUGGACAAGUUGUAAAGUUAAAGUUCUGCUUUACCUGUAAAAUAUUUCGCCCACCUAGAGCAUCUCAUUGCAGUAUCUGCGACAACUGCGUUGAUGGCUUUGAUCAUCAUUGCCCGUGGAUUGGCAAUUGCGUGGGACGUAGAAACUAUCGAUAUUUUUAUUCGUUCAUAGUCUCCCUAGCAUUCAUGUGCGUCUUCAUUUUUGCAUGUGCUGUCACUCAUCUGGUCUUGUUAACUAGGGACGACAGGCCAUUUGUCGAUGCAAUCAAAGAAUCCCCUGCCAGUGUUCUUGUUGCUAUAAUUUGUUUUUUUAGCGUUUGGAGUGUGUUAGGAUUGGCCGGGUUUCACACAUACUUAACUACUUCCAAUCAAACUACAAAUGAAGAUAUUAAAGGCUCUUUCACUGGAAAACGUGGACAAGAAAAAAUUAAUCCUUACAGUAAAGGAGGAGUUUGUGCAAAUUGUUUAUUCAUAUUAUGUGGCCCUAUGCCUCCAAGUUUUAUAGACAGACGUGGUUUUGUGAUACCAGAACACUCUGUAGUGCCGUCCAGCGAACUCGUUCAGGCACCAUGUGCGACUUCUUUCGCAUCUGUUCAAGGGAACAGUGAAGUUAGAAUUUUGAAUAAUGGCAAAGGACAUGUCACGGUCAGCGUCUCCAACUCCACAUCGAGAAAGCAGGCUCAACUCGGCUCUCAUCAGGAAACUAAAUGCCCUGAAGUCGACCCAGUUGUGUCUCUUCAACCGUUGUCAACCUUGUCGGCCAGCAGUCUACAGUUACUUCAUGAAAGAACCAUGAUUAACACCGACUUGGACCUCGAUUCCCUGGAUGAAUCAGCUUCUUCCAAUCCCUGUCAUCUUCAUUUGGAAUCUGCCAGCAUUACUAGCAGUCAAACGGGAUUACUCCAUCCGCUGGUUCCUCGUUAUAACGAUUUAUAGCUAUCAACCAGUCGUCUUAUAUAGUUGAAAUCGAGAUUACGUACCCAACUUAUAAUUUGUUGUCGAAGGUUUGUGACUCAACAGCCCUAUCCUCCAGGACUGUUUGUGUAUCGUUUACACUAUCAUUGUAAAACUUCGUCGAUUGUGGAAUCCUGAGUAAAUUGGUAACCAAUUUUGUCCACCCAAAAUCUACUGCACCCUAAAUAAAUUUUUUCAGUCAUCUCAA